AUGCCUGUUGAUCAUAGUGACCCUGUGGAAUGUUUAUUAAAACACAACGAAGAGUUUACCAGACAAAUUAUAACUGUUCUGCCUGGUAUCCAUUGUGCAAUUGGAUAUGGAUUGGCUAAUUCAAUAUUAAUCGAAGGAAACGAUGGAAAUAUUAUUGUUGAUACGCUGGAAUCGCGUGAAAGCGCUGAAGAUGUGAAGAAGGAUUUUGAUAAGAUCUCGUCGAAGCCAGUUGUUGCAAUUAUUUAUACACACAAUCAUUCGGAUCAUGUUUUCGGCGCGGAGGUAUUUGCUAAUGAAACGACGAAAGUCUAUUCGCAUGCAAAAACAUUGGAAAUUCUUGAUAAAACAAUGAAUUUAGUUCAACCAAUUACAUUUCAACGUGCGGCAAGACAAUUCGGGGUAUACUUGAACAAAGAAACAGGUCAUAUCAACUCUGGUAUUGGCUCGCUUUUGAAUUAUAAUCAAACAAAUCGUCGUGCUUAUCUUCCACCAACGGACACAUUCAGUGGUCGCUCAUUGGAAUUGGAUGUAGCGGGGAGAAAGCUGAUUUUAUAUCACGCGCCAGGCGAAACCGAUGAUCAAAUUGUUGUGCACAUGCCAAAUGAAAAUGUUCUAUUGGCUGCGGAUAAUAUUUACAAAGCAUUUCCAAAUAUUUAUGCCAUACGUGGAACAACAACGCGCGAUCCCAUACAAUGGAUUGCUUCGUUAGAUUUAAUGAGAAAUCUGCGCGCGGAAUAUCUAAUUCCAUCGCAUACGAAGCCAAUGGUUGGAAAAGAUGAAAUUUAUCAAACAAUUACAGUCUAUCGAGAUGCGGUUCAGUUUGUUCACGAUCAAACAAUUCGAUGUAUUAAUAAAGGCUUAACACCGGAUGAAAUUAUCGGAAAUCAAUUGGUUCAAUUACCGAAGAAGCUCAAUCAACAUCCAUAUUUGCAACAAUUCUAUGGAAAUGUUCCAUGGACUAUUCGUGCGGUAUUUGAUCGAUAUUUAGGUUGGUUUAGUGGAAAAACAUCGGAUUUGCACAAGGAUGCACCGAAGACGCAUGCAGAGAACUUGGUCAAGUUUGGCGGUGGGGCAAAAGAAGUUUUUGCAAAAGCACAAUCAGCUUUUCAGGAAGAAAAAUACCGAUGGACUCUGGAAUUGGUUGAAGCAUUAAGUUUAUACCCUGAAGAUGUAAAUCCUUCAGAAAUCAAUGAACUUCACUGUUCGACUUUGGAAAAAUUAGCCGCGUUCGAAACUUCGGCCAACGGAAGAAACUGGUAUAUGACAAAACGAUUAGAAAUUCAAGGAUUGAUUCAUAUAAAACCAUCGGAAAAACAAAUUAUUGAAACUGUGUCCAAAUCCUCGAUCAAAAAAUGCUUACAAGUUCUGCCGGUGAAUUUUAAUUAUCAAAAGGCAGAAAUCGAAAAUCUGGUGAUUUUCUUUCAUUUCAACGACACCAAUGAAAAAUAUUCGGUCGAACUUCGAAAUUCAAUUGUGGAUGUUCAAGACUGUUGGAAUGAGCAAAUCAAACCGGAUUUAGCAAUUGAAAUUAAAACAGAAAGGAUCUGGAAAGAAAUUUUAGUUCGAGCGAAAACUCCAAUGGAUGCAUUGGACAAUAAAGAUAUUAGUAUUAAAAAUCAACAAGGUGAUGAUUAUCCGGAAGGCAUUCUUCAAUUGGUUCAGUUUUUGCUUCUUUUUGCUCCAUAA